AGUUUCAGUCUUCGUGUGAAUGUUGCGAUGAGUGGUCCCUUCUUGUGAGGUUUAUAACAAUCAUUACUAUCGUCAUAACAUAAUUGAUUUAUUUCACUUGGUUGAGUUAGUGUACAUAUUUACGUGUUCUUCUUUGUGUGAAAAAACAUCAUGAUAGUGUUUCGGAUUAUUCAACUCAGUGUAGCUUACAGUCUUUGCCUAUACUACAGUCUUAAAUUCACGCUCUUCCUUAUUACGGGUUACCUUCUCAAAGGUCACAAACGCUUCCUCGAGGUCAAAGAGCGUCCCACUCCACCAAAUAUUCUACAAGAUCCGCGAUACGGACAACACAAAUACAUUACAGUAAACGGCAUUAAACUACAUUAUGUGGAGAAAGGCGAUCAAAAUAAACCGAUGAUGCUCUUUGUUCACGGGUUUCCCGAAUUUUGGUUUUCAUGGCGACACCAAAUCAUGGAAUUCUCAAAGGAUUAUAGGUGUAUUGCUGUAGAUAUGCGUGGAUAUGCGGAUUCUGAGAAACCGGAAGACCUUGCUUCCUACAAAAUUGACAACAUGGUGAAUGAUUUGAGAGCAUUGGUAAAGGCAUUGGAUAAAAACGAAUCUAUCGUACUUGUUUGCCAUGACUGGGGAGCUGUAAUUGGGUGGCGCUAUAUUUUGCGCCACAUGAACACAGUGGAUAAGUACGUUAUGAUCGGAGCACCAGCCAUGGAAGUGUAUGGCUAUAUAGCGGCACGAGAAUGGGACCAAUUCCGAAAGGGAUGGUAUAUAUUCUUAUUCAAGGCACCUUUUAUUCCUGAGAUGGUUUUACGAACUCACGAUUUGGGCGUAUUUAGAUCAAUGAAAACUGGAAAUACCACCGACGAAGACAUCGAAGCCUUCAAGUAUACGUUUGCGAAACCCAAAGCUCUUUCUUAUCCACUGAAUUACUACAGAGCUAAUGGUUUUGGUAGAGUUCAGAGAAUCAAAAAGAGACCUGAAAAAUAUGCAUUGGGUCUCUACUUGUUGGGUGAAAAAGAGGAAUUUAUUUCCUUGUCCACUGGUCCAGCAAUGGAAAAGGUAUAUCCAAACCUCACUUACAAACUUGUACCUGGCGCCACUCACUUUGCCCAGCAAGACAAACCCACACUGGUCAAUGAGAUGAUGAGGAAUUUCUUAGCUCUCAAAUGAUAAAUUAAUAUUCACAUGAAGUAUACAUACAUUUCGUGCAUUGUCUGUUAACUUUCUUCAUCACUUGAUAUUAAAGUUUAAGAGAGGAAAAUGUUCACAUUUUUAUAAUAAUAGAAUUUCUUCUAGGGGCGCAUACAUUAUGAAUGAAGCCUUUCGCAUAUUUUUCCAACCCA